AGGUUUAACAACAUCCUGUACUGACUACAAGAUUGGCCAAAUCUAAAGUUUGGAAGUUUAUAAUAGCCAUGCAUAGCCAUGUAAUGUGCAAAAUGCAAGCCACAAGCUUAUUUUUGUUGGUUGCUACUACUGCUAUUGCCACAGCUCAGUCAUCAGAGUGUUUCAAUGGACAACUUCGUGAAUCUAAUACAACAUCACGUUUACUUGAGUACUGUUAUGAUGGAGAAUGGAGAUGGAUCUGUUUCAAAGGUAGUCAGGGGGAUACUGAUAUGUCAGUGGCUGCUUGUACAGAACUGGGCUACAGUGAUUCUGAUAACUGCAAUAAGAUUAGUGUGUACAGUAAAUCCUCCAAAAGUGUUCAUUCUGAGUGACUGCAAAGAACCAGGACUAACCAAUUGCACAGUGACACCUAGUAACAAUUGUGCUACCCCAUGCUUUGUUGGGAGUUUACAAACGUGCAACACAGUCAACUGUGCUCUUGGAGAGAUAAGACUGGUGGGUGGAUCUACUGACAGAGAGGGACGAGUGGAGGUGUGUGUGGGUGGUAGGCGAUGGAGAACAGUUUGCACUGGCAGUCAAGAACUGGCAGGAGCUGUUUGUUCACAAAUAGGAUACAUCUUUGAAGGAAGCAUUGUGGCAGUAAGUAACACAUUUCCUCCUGGAGCAUUUCCAGAGUAUAGCCUCGAGUGCACACAACUAAGCAAUGGAUCAUGGCACUGUAGUCCAGUUGAACAACAAUGUGACAGAUUUGUGGAGCUUGGAGUUGUUUGUAUAAACUAUGAGGAGUAUUAUGAACGUUCAAGGAACAGCACACUAUCUACACACUUUCCUACUAGUUCAGAAGAAACGUAUUCUACUCCUUGGGAAACAACUACUAACAAUGGCAGCUCAACUUCACUGCUAGCAGUAAUUGCUGUUUUUGUUGUCCUACAAGCGGCUACAAUGAUUGCACUAAUCAGCACAUGUAUUGUCUUUAAGAGGAAACUCAAACAAAAGGUGACCAUGGCUACACAACAAGCUGACCUAUCCUAUGCAGUGGUUGGAGGUACACAAACUGAAAUGAAAAUCGAUCCCAACAUAGCUGCUAACCCAGCGUACGAGGCAGUCAAGUGUGACCAGGAGGACCAUACCUACGAUGUCGUCAGUGAGGGGGCGGCUUCAAGACAGAGGAGAGGCAAUUGACAUUAACUUUAAAUAAUUGUUUUAGAAGGUUGUAUAGCUCCUUAUAUUUACUAGCCAAGAGUAUUAGAAACUAGAAGGCUCAUUGUGACGACACGUAUAUAGAGGAGAGAAUCUUACAUGUGUAAUAGUGAACAUCA